AUGAAUUGUCCCUCGCGACCGGACAACAUUGAGGGUCAUCCAGAAUGGAAUCAGAAUCCCCAUGCGUUGAGCUCGGAUCAAACAACGAGGGCUGACCUCAAUGGAAUCGUCAACUUGCGGGAACAGCGAGAAAGCGAGUCAAGUCGAGAUAUCAAUGGCCACGACUCAAUACAGGACAUAGCAGCCAAUGAUCCAAAAUCGCCUUGGGAGGCCAAAGAAGCAACAGCGGUCAAGGUUGAUCCGAUGAAUCAGGAGGGCAAUGCGCCCUCCCCUGCCCCUCGGCCCCUUCAACAACCCUCUCCACGCCGAACGACGAACCUCAGCUCUCCUGCGGCUCUCAUGAACAAGGUCGUCAUUACGCUCAAAAAGUAUGCGAAAUUCGUGGGCCCAGGAUUCCUCGUCGCAGUCGCUUACAUCGACCCGGGAAACUAUGCCACCGACGUCGAGGCAGGCGCUGCCACGCGGUAUCGCCAUUUAUUCAUCAUUUUAAUGUCCAACUUGUUUGCCAUAUUUUUGCAGUCGCUCUGUAUCAAGCUCGGAAGUGUCACCGGCCUGGAUCUGGCCGAAAAUUGCCGGAAGCAUUUGCCCAAGUGGCUCACGAUCAUCUUGUAUUUGUUCGCUGAAGCAGCUAUUAUUGCCACAGAUAUAGCGGAAGUUAUUGGUUCGGCCAUUGCAUUGAAUCUUCUUCUGCACAUCCCCCUCGUUGCUGGCUGUGCCAUCACCUUGGUGGAUGUCUUACUCCUUCUUCUUUUCUACCGACCGGACGGCUCCAUUACCCGCCUGCGGUUGUUCGAAUACUUCAUCAUGGGUCUCGUACUGGGAGUGAUGGUCUGUUUCUGUGUCCAGCUCUCCUUCAUCAGAGAUUCCUCGCCGGGCGAGGUGUUCAAAGGCUACCUCCCCUCCUCCGCCAUUGUGGAGGCCAACGGGAUUUAUCUCUCUUGUGGGAUUAUCGGUGCCACUGUCAUGCCUCAUUCUAUCUUCCUUGGUUCAGGAGUUGUGCAGGCACGCUUGAAACACUUCGACGAGCAAAACGGUCACAUUACCCCUAGGGACGAAUCCGAUGUUGCAGAGGAAAAGUAUGUCCCGUCUAUUUACGCGAUUCAGGCUUGUCUCAAGUACUCUAUCGUGGAGCUCGCUACGUCGCUAUUCACCUUUGCUCUCUUCGUCAACUCCGCCAUCCUCAUUGUAUCUGGCGCGUCCCUGUACCCACGGACAGAGGCCACCGAGGCUGACCUGUUUGGGAUCCAUGACCUGCUUAGCAAGAACCUUUCCAAAGCAGCAGGGACCAUCUUUGCCCUUGCUCUUUUGCUUUCGGGCACCUCCGCAGGGAUCGUGUGCACCAUGGCCGGCCAGAUGGUGUCUGAAGGUAUGAUCAACUGGACUUUGAAGCCAUGGGUGCGGCGACUGGUCACCCGGUCCAUCAGUAUCACCCCCAGCAUCAUCAUUGCGGCUGCGGUGGGUAAGGAUGGCUUGAACCAAGCUCUCACUGCUAGCCAGGUGGUGCUUAGCGUCAUUUUGCCGUUUGUGACAGCACCAUUAGUCUGGUUCACAUGCCGGAGCAACAUCAUGUCGGUGCAUGAUGGCCAAGAGCUGGUCAAUAUGCGGAAUGGCUGGUUCACAACAGCGCUGGCCGUGAUCAUCUGGCUGGUGCUGGUGGUGAUGAACGUUGCGCUGCUGGUUCUGGUGGGCCUCGGAAAGGCAUAA